AUGAAUCCCAGCUUCGCUGUACAGUCCGCCCGAGCUUCUGUCCACCACUCCCUAAUCACCUUCCCAACGCCUUCAAUUCUGCUAAUAACGCUCAAUCGUCCGAAAGACCUAAACUGCAUCAAUUCACGCGGCCACUACGAGCUCGACGCGCUCUACACCUGGUUCGACAACGAGCCCUCCCUGCGCUGCGCCAUCUUAACUGGCGCCGGACGGGCAUUCUGCGCUGGUGCUGAUUUGAAGGAAUGGGAUAAUGCGAAUCACAGCACACAAUCGCAAGAUGGGAAGGAGGGGUUGUCGAGGGAGGCGAAAGAAAGGGGCAUGCCGCCCUCUGGUUUCGGCGCACUGAGUCGAAGAGGUGGAAAGAAGCCUGUGAUAUGCGCUGUGAAUGGGAUUUGUUUCGGUGGUGGAUGCGAGAUGAUAAUUAACGCCGAUAUGGUCGUUGCAGACCAGGACGCACAGUUCGGACUACCUGAGGUGAAAAUCGGUGUAGUAGCGCUAGCUGGAGCGUUGUCUAGGUUAGUUAGGACGGUGGGGAGGCAAAGGGCGAUGGAGAUGGCGCUUACUGGGCGAACAUUGAAGGCGGAGGAAGCGAGGGAGUGGGGACUGGCUAAUAGGGUUGUGGAGAAGGGAAAGUGUGUGGAGGAAGCGAUUAGGUUGGCGGAGAUGGUGGUGGGGAAUAGUCCGGAUAGUGUUAUUGUGUCUAGGGAGGGAAUCAAGAUGGGGUGGGAGGGAAUCGGGGCGGAGGAGGCGACGCGGUGGACGCAGGAGGUUUGGUAUAAGAGGAUGGAUAAGGGGGAGAAUAUGAAGGAGGGGGUGAGGAGUUUUGUGGAGAAGAGGAAGCCGAGGUGGGUUCCUAGUAAGCUUUAA